AUGCGUUUCGCUCAAUCCGCCGUCUGCCUGCUGGGCUUCGUCACUGCGACCAUGGCCUCCGUGCUGCCCCGCGCGUUGCCCACCCCGGUCAGCGCUGCGACGGCGAGGAGUUACUUGGCUUCAUUGAGGGUGGAAGUCGAGUCGAACUCUCCGGCUUACAACCGUGACCUGUUCAACCACUGGAUCACGAUCUCUGGCCAGUGCAACACGCGCGAGACCGUCUUGAAGAGAGACGGGACGAACGUUGUCCAAGCCAGCAACUGUGCAGCAACCUCGGGCAACUGGGUCUCUCCGUACGACAACAGAGCAACCACCCUUGCUAGCGACCUUGACAUCGACCACCUUGUCCCGCUCAAGGAAGCUUGGGUCUCCGGUGCACGCACCUGGACCAACGCCCAGCGCGAGGCGUUCGCGAAUGACUUGACGAGGCCACAGCUCAUCGCUGUCACUGAUACCCUCAACCAGUCCAAGGGUGACAAAGACCCUGCCGAGUGGAUGCCCCCUCUCACCAGCUACCGUUGCACCUACGCCCGCGCAUGGGUGCACGUCAAGUACUACUGGAACCUCUCGGUCGACUCGGCCGAGAAGAGCGCCCUCACGAGCUACCUCGCGAGCUGCUAA